GUGUGCUGCUCUCUGUCUGCAGCCCGGGGCCAGUCUGGAGCAGACUCAUAUCUUCGUUCUGGCUCAUAUCCUGCGGCGGCCCAUCAUCGUGUACGGAGUGAAGUACUACAAGAGCUUCAGAGGAGAGACGUUAGGAUACACUCGAUUCCAAGGUGUUUACCUGCCGUUGCUAUGGGAACCGAGCUUCUGCUGGAAAAGUCCCAUCGCUCUCGGUUACACGAGAGGUCACUUCUCUGCUCUGGUUGGCAUGGAAACCGACGGCUACGAUAAUCGCGGCGCAGGCGCUAACCUCAACACUGACGAUGACAUCACCGUUACCUUCAUGCCGCUGGUGGACAGUGAGAGGAAGCUGCUGCAGAUCCACUUCCUGUCAGCACAAGAGAUGGGCAGUGAGGAGCAGCAGGAGCGUCUGCUCAGGGAUUGGCUGGACUGCUGUGUGACAGACGGAGGGAUGUUGGCGGCGCUGCAGAAGAGCAGCAGACGGAGACAUCACCCGCUCAUCACACAGAUGCUGGAGCAGUGGCUGGAUGGGUACCGGCAGAUGCACCCGUGUCCCACGCUCUCCGACGAAGAGGACGAGGAGGACGACGAAGACGAGUGACCCCCGAAACCAUUUCAACACUGUCCCACACGCGCCCUCUUCCCAGAAUGCAAUGCGAGCACCCCCCACCAACAGCGAGGGCUGACAAUCUUUGUUUAGUCAAAUGAAUUUAGUUUCUUCCGUGUGUUUUAUCCAUCGUAUGUAGAUGAGCUGCAUGUGUGUCUUUACAGGAGGAACGAUGAGAACGAAAGAGCACUUCAUGUUUAGGGUUUGAUCUGAUCGCAGGAAUCAGAGUUUAUGAUUUACUCACACAUCUCUCACAUUCUGUUCUGUGUGCGUUUGGUUGGUUUGAUUGUAUUUAUUUAUGUCUUUCUCUCUCUCGUGCUGUGAGGAGAGUCAUGAAGAGUUUACUGAUGUUGAUCUUGUGUUUGUGAUGAGAGCGAGUCACGCAGCUUCAACAUUAAACUAGAAACACGUCUGCUCGCUCAUCUUCUGUCUGCCUGCUUCCUUCCUCUGCUCCUGAAAUCAUUACAGUUUUAUUGAUUACUCCACAGAAAUAAACAAUUCAUAUUUUG